GGAAAAUAUGAGAAAAGAAAAAAGCCAAAAAGGCAAGAAGAAGACGCAAGCUGUAAAUCUCUACAUAGUGAAAAAAUCGCGUUUUCUAUACAAUUUAACUUCAAGAAAAUUGGAUUUUCUGUAAAAAGAAAUUAGCUUGGCUGGCCAUAACAGGAAGAGCAUUUUCAUUAAGUUAAGUAGCCAAAAGUUGGUAGUUGGCAAAAUUUUUGCAAAACUAAAAGAAACAACAAAUAUAUAAAGCAUAGCAAUGGCCGAUGUUGCAAAUGAGCCUGAGCCUGAGGCAGAGUACUCCGUGGAACGAAUUGAGGAUAAACGCAUUAUAAACGGCAAGACUGAAUAUUAUCUUAAAUGGAAGGGAUACCCACGCAGUGAAAACACAUGGGAGCCGGUGGAAAAUCUUGACUGCCCGGAUUUAAUUGCUGCCUAUGAAGAGUCCAUAAAACCUAAAAAGGCGGAGCCCAAGAAACGACCUUCGACAGCACCAAACAACGAAGCUAAGGCUAAACGAAAGGCAGCCGAAGAUGAAAAGGACACCAGAAAAACGGUGGGCUUUGAUCGUGGUCUAGAGCCGUCUAAAAUUUUGGGUGCUACCGAUUCUUCGGGUGAACUUAUGUUCCUGAUGAAAUGGAAGGGUAGCGACGAAGCUGAUUUAGUACCCGCUAAACAGGCAAAUGUCAGAUGUCCCCAGGUUGUUAUACAGUUCUAUGAAGAACGACUCACCUGGCAUACGCCCUCGGCCGAUGAGGAUAAAGCCAUCACUGCCAGCAAGGAGAAUGCAGCCGCCGAUUAGAUGCUCAAAAACUAAUAUCCAGCGAAGCGCGCAACUCCCAUAAUUUAGUUUUUUAAGAUACGUUAUAAGUGCAACAACAAUGACUUGGAGUACUGACACCACAAAAAAAAAUACCACAAAAUACAGCAAUGACCACUAAAAUUCAAUACAAAACAACAAAAUUUAUAACAAACAAAUUUGAAUUUCGAAAUAUUUCUUAUUUUCUUUUAAUUUUCCUUAACAUUUUAAAUGGAUUUUGUGUUAAAAUACAUAUUUAUUAUUAUUAUUAUUUUUUUUAAUGAUGAAUAACAAUAUUUUGCAAUAAUUUUGUUGAUACUUAAAAGAAAAUCAAAUUAAAAACUGGACAAGUCAAAACAUGGACAUAAUAUAGAUUUGUCGCUUCUGUAAAUGAUUACAAUCUAAUUAAUUAAUAAUAUUUCUACCAGCUAUUUCUCUUUUUUGUGUGUUUCUCACAUCAUCAAUAAAAUUAAACAAAAAAUA